UAUAGAAUAAAAAUUGUAAAUAUAAAUUUUAUAAUAAAUAUAUGUAGUAUAAAGUUUGCAUUGCAAAAUAUGAGGUUCUUUUCGCGAUCGCGGAAAUUUUAGUCAUGCAAUAAGUUUUUCUAAACAAAAUCAAAAUCAAGCAUCACUCAGAUCAUUGUCAGAUAUUAUAUCUGAUGAUUUAUCAAUGAAAUAUAUUUAUAAAUUUAAAGCGUAUAAAUACUGUAAUUUAAUGCACAAUUUUAUUAAAGUUUAAUUAUAAAUUAAUUAAUCAUUAAAAUUUGUUAAACCACUUUUAUUCUCGGUCUUUCGAUCGAGACCUGAUUUAAUUGACAAGAAAAAUAACUAUAUUUAUGACUAAUAUAUAUCCUUGAUUCUCUAUAUAAAGACAAAGAAAUUUAUUUAUUACGAAAAGAUUUCACAGGAGUGUAACUUACCCUGCGUAUCUUGACGAUAGUCUUUUUUUAACAAAAUUAAAAAUUAUCUUGAUAUUUUCGCGUCGAUGAAUAGCGAUUAUUAGCAAAAGUUUGCACCACGUAAAAGUUUCCACCGGAGUUUGCAUACAAUGAUUCGCAUAAAUCGAUCGAAUCUACAGAUAAUAAAAAGUUGCAGACGAUUGGUCAUAAGUAUGAGCCAAGUUUGUUUUAAACCAUUUUACAUUUUUUCGAAAUAUAUUUUGGUGAAUAUAUUUUUUUUUCAUAUUUUAUAUAUUAUUUUUUUCACCAAUUGUAUGUCAAAAUUUCUUUCGUACACACACACACAAAAAUAUGUAAAAAUUAAAUAAGUAAUCUGACUAGGUUCUUCACUAUUACAAAUGAAGAAGGAAUUAAACGAUGAGAUUUCAGAAAAGCAAGAGUCGCCGCGAAUGAAGCAGUUUCAUGAAAAACUCAAACUGCAGCCGAUACCAAAAAUAAAACAGCGAGAACGAUUUGUGGACUUGGUGUUAGUGGAAACUGAUCCCAAAACUGGAGAGUUAAUAACAAAUAGCGAGAAGAAUCCUACUAAAUGGGGAGACUGGCAGCACGGUGGCAGAGUUAGCGAUUUUUGAAGACACUACAUUUUCUAUAAGCUAUAUGUGUAUAUAUUUGAAGAACUGCAAAAAAGAAUUCUCUUACUCUUCGAUAUAAUACGAUUAAUUUAUCACAGCAAUUUAUUUGUAGGGAAUUAAGAUCGUUCUUCGAUGUAAGAAAACAUAAAAUUGAUGUGUUAUACACAUAUAAGAAAGUAUCUGUAAAUCAGACAAAAAUUUUAUCAUAGUAAUAAAUUACACUAUGUAAAAAUAAAGCACUUUUUGCUAGAUUAAAUUUUAAAGCUAGUUUUUAGAAAAUACUGCGAAUUUAUUAGCGAUGGUAUAUUAGAUAUACUAUUUAAUAUCAAAUUUUUUUUCUUGUAAAAAAAGUCUCUGACAUUAUAAUUUACAUAGAGAAAUUUUUGUCAUUAUGUAUAGAUAUCGGUAGAUUAUGUGUACAAAAAUAUACGAUACUUUGUCACAAGUACUAAAUAAUGUAUAUUAGAGGAUAACAAACACAUUAUACAUCACACAAAUUAAAUUUCUCGCUAGUAAUGAGCUAACGAGUAACGAAUAUAAGAAUCAAAUUCUAUGAAAAAAAGUGUGAGGCUUUAUUCAGCCACAUUAAUCGAAUUUAAAAGUAAUCUUUAUGCUUUUUGUUAGUAAAAUGUAUUUCACAAUGUCAAUAGCAGCGAAAAUUUAUUUAGCCAAGACAUAUAAUAAAUUCAAGACUCCAAUAUUAAGCCGUUCGCGUGUAGAAAAAGAGAGCGUAGUUAAUCCUACAAAUAUAACAUCGUAUCAAGAAACAUAUGUACAGAAUACUGUAGUAAAAAUCUCGUCUCGUAUGUGCCUCAGCAUGUACGUUUUGAAAAUUCUCUUCCAAUUGUAUCGAGAAAAAUUUGUCCUAAAAAAUAAUCUACUAUGAGGUAUUAUAUUGUUGCGUACAAGAUGAAGAGGAGAGAGAGAUUUCGUCCUUCUUUUUACUAUUAUAUAUAAAUAACAGUAAGUAAAAUCAUUUGAUUAAAUUUCACCUUUGUCAAUAUCUUCCGAGAAUAUUAAAGCAGUAUUAAUAAAAGAGCGUGAGAUACCAUCUCAAUGUUUCGCAGAG